AGCUUCGCCGUGGUUGCUGGCUGACUCUGGCUCCAGCAGGCCCACAACUGGGAUUUCCUGGCACAAAACAGUCACAUGAUCCAUGAGUGGCCGCCGCAUGGAAAUGUCUGACACUCACAUUCACAGCAGUCCUCUCCUGGCAGAGCCUCUUUCCAGCAGACACAAACUCUACGAGUCAGAGCUUAACAGCCCUAGCUGGCCCUCAAGCCCCCAGGAUACACACCCGGCCCUGCCCCUCCUGGAAAUGCCUGAAGAAAAGGAUCUUCGGUCAUCCAGUGAAGAAAGCCACAUUGUGAAGAUUGAAAAACCCAAUGAAAAGGGUAGAAGAGAAAGUGGGGUAGCCCCUCAGGGCUCUUCGGGCCAAGGGGGCAUCAGCCUCUUUCAAGCUGUGGGCUACCUCACAGGCGAGAUGAAGGAAUGCAGGAGCUGGCUGAAAGAUAAGCCCUUGGCCUUCCAGUUCACAGACUGGGUUCUGAGGGGUGCCGCUCAGGUGAUGUUUGUCAACAACCCUCUCAGCGGGCUCAUCAUCUUCAUAGGGCUCCUGAUCCAGAAUCCCUGGUGGACAAUUGCUGGGGGUCUGGGGACAGUGGUGUCAACUUUAACUGCCCUUGUCUUGAGCCAGGACAGGACCGCCAUCGCCUCGGGCCUCCAUGGGUACAAUGGGAUGCUGGUGGGAGUGCUGAUAGCUGUGUUCUCCGAGAAGUUAGACUACUACUGGUGGCUUCUGCUUCCUGUGACCUUCACAGCCAUGUCCUGCCCUGUCUUUUCUAGCGCCUUGAGUUCCAUCUUCAGCAAGUGGGACCUCCCAGUCUUCACACUGCCCUUCAACAUCGCAGUGACCCUGUACUUGGCAGCCACGGGCCACUACAACCUCUUCUUCCCCACGACGCUGGUGGAGCCCGUGUCUUCAGUGCCCAACAUCACCUGGUCAGAGAUUGAGAUGUCUUUGCUGCUACAAUCCAUCCCCAUUGGGGUCGGACAGGUGUAUGGCUGCGACAAUCCCUGGACAGGUGGCGUGUUCCUGGUGGCCCUGUUCAUCUGCUCACCACUCAUCUGCUUGCAUGCAGCCAUUGGCUCAAUCGUGGGGAUGCUAGCAGCCCUGACGGUGGCCACGCCCUUCAAGACUAUCUACCUGGGCCUCUGGAGCUACAACUGCGUCCUCUCCUGCAUCGCCAUCGGUGGCAUGUUCUACGCCAUUACCUGGCAGACCCACCUGCUGGCCCUUGUCUGCGCCCUGUUCUGUGCAUACAUGGGAGCAGCCCUCUCCAACAUAAUGUCAGUGGUUGGUGUGCCACCAGGCACCUGGCCCUUCUGCCUCUCGGCACUCAUCUUCCUGCUCCUGGCAACCAACAACCCAGCCAUCUACAAGCUCCCACUCAGCAAAGUCACCUACCCAGAGGCCAACCGCAUCUACUACCUGACAGUGAAAAGCAGUGAAGAAGAGAAGUCCCUCAGUGGCAGCGCUGGGGAGCAGCCGCCCACGACGAGCCCAAAGGCAGAUGAGGGCUCGGAGGCUGUGCACCCCAAGCCCAGGAACGUGUUCCACAUCGAGUGGUCAUCCAUUCGCAGAAGGAGCAAAGUAUUUGGAAAAGGUGAACACCAGGAAAGGCGCACCAAAGACCCUUCUCCCCACCAAUACCGGAAGCCCACGGUCGAGUUGCUGGAUCUGGACACCAUGGAGGAGAGCUCCGAGAUAAAGGUAGAAACAGGCAUCUCCAAGACUUCCUGGAUUCAGAGUUCCCUGGCUGCCAGCGGGAAGAGGGUCCGCAAAGCCCUUGGGUACAUCACAGGAGGGAUGAAGGAGUGCGGAGAGGGACUUAAAGACAAAUCCCCAGUGUUCCAGUUCCUCGACUGGGUCCUCCGGGGCACAUCCCAGGUGAUGUUUGUGAACAAUCCCCUCAGUGGCAUCCUCAUCGUCCUCGGCCUCUUCGUCCAGAACCCCUGGUGGGCCAUCUUGGGCUGCCUGGGCACUGUGGUGUCCACCCUGACAGCCCUAAUCCUGAGUCAGGACAAGUCCGCCAUCGCAGCCGGACUUCACGGCUACAACGGGGUGCUGGUGGGGCUGCUGAUGGCUGUGUUCUCGGACAAAGGCGACUAUUACUGGUGGCUUCUACUCCCCGUCAUCGUGAUGUCCAUGUCUUGCCCCAUCCUCUCCAGUGCCCUGGGCACCAUCUUCAGCAAGUGGGACCUCCCAGUCUUCACGCUGCCAUUCAACAUCGCAGUGACCCUGUACCUGGCGGCCACGGGCCACUACAACCUCUUCUUCCCCACGACGCUGCUGCAGCCCUCCUCCUCCACGCCCAAUAUCACCUGGUCGGAGGUCCAAGUGCCCUUGCUUUUGAGAGCCAUCCCUGUUGGAAUCGGCCAAGUGUACGGCUGCGAUAACCCCUGGACUGGAGGCAUUUUCCUCAUAGCUUUGUUCAUAUCGUCACCUCUUAUUUGCUUGCAUGCUGCAAUCGGAUCCACCAUGGGGAUGUUAGCAGCCCUCACUCUCGCGACACCCUUUGACUCCAUCUACUUCGGGCUGUGUGGCUUCAACAGCACGCUGGCCUGCAUCGCCAUAGGAGGCAUGUUCUACGUCAUCACCUGGCAGACACACCUCCUCGCCGUCGCCUGCGCUCUGUUUGCAGCCUACCUGGGUGCUGCCCUGGCUAACGUAUUAUCUGUGUUUGGAUUACCGCCCUGCACCUGGCCCUUCUGCCUCUCGGCACUCACCUUCCUGCUCCUGACGACCAACAACCCGGCCAUCUACAAGCUCCCGCUCAGCAAAGUCACCUACCCAGAGGCCAACCGCAUCUACUACCUGUCCCAGGAGAAAAACAGAAGAGCAUCGACCAUCACAAAGUACCAGGCCUACGAUGUCUCCUAA